AUGAGCGAAAGUGUCUCCAACGAAAAUGAGAUCAAACCAUUGGGAAUUCCACCGAUUCGUAGUGACACUGAGCUGUUCCGUGCCGCAUUGUACACUAAUAUGCCGCAAGAGAACCAUCCGCUAAUCUACUCGGACCCCGAGCUCACACUUUCAAUGGAGUCACCCGAGCCGAUCGUCUCAGAAGCGCCAUCACCAGUUCCAGUUCUCGAUUCGGGAACCGUUAGCUAUGUACCAAGCAACGCAUCAGUUGACGAUAGCUCGAGACUCAAUCCAACCUCUGCAAAUCACGCAGCCCGUUUGAAGAGUGAAAUGGAAAUUCGCAACCAACACUAUCAGAAACAGAAACAAUAUGCGCCAAAGGAGCCAAAAAAGUUGCUUACCGACAUUGACUUUGAAGGAAUUCUCAAAAUUAUUGGAGGAUGCUCGUAUUGGCAGAUUAUCAUCUACUUGAUGAUUUCUGUGCAACAAGUGCCGCAUGCGAUGUUCAAUCUAUCAGUGGUUUAUAUGAUGUACCAGCCAGAUCAUUGGUGCAAGAUUCCAUUCUUCAACGAGGAGGCGUUUUCGGCGGAGACUGGCUUCACAAAUUAUACUUGGGAUCAAGUCCUUGGCUCUCAGAUUGCAUACCCAAGGGUCUUCAAUAAACAGCGAAAUCAUGAGCAUCACGAUCAAUGUCACUAUUAUCAACGGGAUUAUGUGCACAUUAAAUUGUCGCCAUGGUCAAAGGUUAAAGAUAUUAACAGCUCCGGCUCGAAGGUGGUGAGAUGCCAAGAGUGGGAGUAUGACAAGUCGGUAAUGCAAAAAACGGUGGUGACCGAGUGGAAUCGAGUUUGCGAUAACAAUUGGAGUCGUGCUCACGUCCAUAUGAGCUAUUCUCUCGGUUAUCUAGUUGGCUGCUUUGUUGGUGGUUUUGUUAGUGACAGAUAUGGCCGUAAAACAGCGAUUUACGGUUUUGGAUGUCUCACUCUAAUCUUCGGAUUUCUAUUAACUUAUUCUAGAGAGUUUGAAAUUUUCCUAGUUGUUAGGUUCUUGUUGGCAGCUUCAAAUGAGGCUGCAGAUUUGGCUGCAUACGUUCUUUGUAUGGAAAUCACUGGAGUCAAGUACCGUUCUUUGGUCGGCUCAUUGAUGCAAGCUCCUUGGGCUUGUGGUUACGCUUUUCUUGCUCUGAUUGCAUAUAUGACCAAAUCAUGGAUUGCAAUUCAUAUGAUCACCGUCGGGCUUCACCUCAUCGCUCUAAUCCUAAUUCAUUUCCUUCCGGAGUCUCCGAGAUGGCUAAUUCUUAAUAGUCGCGUCAAAGACGCGGAGAGAAUUAUUCGAAAAGCCUGCAGAUACAACAAUAGUCGACUUCCAAGUGAUUUGGGAAUUGUGCGUCACGCUGAAAAAAGAAAAUGGAUGAGACGAAAUGAGAAGCCGUCAUACUUUCACUUGUUUAGAUCAAAGGAGCUCACGUUUAGAAAUAUUGUUCUCUUUAUUAUCUGGACGGCUACAGCUCUAGUUUACUAUGGUAUCGUUAUUGCCUUGUCUGAUCAGUCAUCCCCAGGAAGGCGCGUAUUCGACGGAAACUUUUUCCUGAACAAUGCAAUAGCGGGUGCCAUUGAACUUCCGACACUUCUUCUAUGUGUGUUCCUUUUAAAAAUGGGAAGAAAACGUUCUCAAAUGCUCGUCCUUUUUGGUUCUGGAAUUCUUCUUUUAACUUCGGUUCUUAUGGUUUACUCAGAAAGGACAAUGAUGUCUCUGGUAUUCAUGCUUCUAGCAAAAGCAUGUAUUCAAGGAUCGUUCAACAUUCUUUAUAUCUUCACAUCCGAGCUCAAUCCCACUGUGGUUAGAAAUAGCGCUGUUGGAAUUUCAUCAAUGAUUGCUCGAAUGGGAGCUGGAGCAGCUGGUUACAUUGCCAUUCUCUCCGAUGUGACACUUCCACUGGUGCCAAUGAUUAUUUUCUCAAUUUUUUCGCUCAUCGCUGGAGCUCUUGUCGUUUUCCUUCCCGAAACGCAAGGACUUCCAUUGCCGGAAACUAUUUGGGAUGCGGUGACAAUUAUCCGCUUGAAGAACAAACCAUGUGGCACUCUGACCGGAACAUUCGUCAAACCGAGCGACGAAGAUGAACAACCCUAUGGACCCGAGGUCAGCAAGACGGACUCAUCGGACUCGGAAGAUAAGACGAAUUACGAGAAAUUUGAGAACAGCGUCGAAGAAGCGAAACCAUAA